AUGGCUUCCGGAUCAUCAAGUCUAAGCUUAGGAGAUGAACUGAAUUGCCCCAUUUGCCUCGAUAUCUUUGUCGAUCCAGUGAUGCUGGAAUGCGGCCACGAUUUCUGCCGUCAGUGUAUCUUACAGUGUUGGGAGAAAGAGAAAAAAGCCUUCUGUCCAGAGUGCGGGGAGGUGUUCCGUGAAAAAAACCUGAAAGCCAACCGAGCUUUGGGAGUCCUGUCCAACAAAAUUCGGAGCCUGAACAUUAAGCAGACAGUGGAGACCAGCAAAGUUUUCAACCCCUUCUGUGACGAGCAUCAGGAAGAACUGAAGCUGUUUUGUGAAACUGACAAGAAAUUGAUCUGUGUGAUGUGUCUGGACAGGAGAGAUGGACGGAGCCAUAAAUCACACAACUUUAUGCUGAUAAAUGAGGCGGUCGAGAUUUACAAGGAGAAAAUGAGAGCGAACCUCCAGGCGCUGAACCAGAAGAAAACUUCCAUCCAAAAUGUCUUACUGAAGCAGCAGCAAAGUAUCUCGGAAAUCCAGGAACAGUCCAACAUUCUGCAGAAGCACAUCUCGUCAGAAUUUACCAAACUGCGCACGGUCUUGGAAGAAAAAGAGCGGGCUCUUGCCAAAGAGCUGGGGGACCAAGAAGAGGACAUCUUAAAGAAAAUGGAGUCCAAUCUUCGGGACAUUCAGGAGCAUCUGAAUGAAACAGAUGAGAAGCUAUCGAGUGUCCAGUCACAAUUAAAUCAACAAGAUGCCUUUUCCUUGCUCAAGGAGGAUCCAGAUAAAGGGAAGAGCGAAGGGAGUUAUCUGAAUACGGUCACAGAAGGCAAACUUCCUCUGGGGUCAUUCAAAGGACCUAUCCAGUACAAAGUGUGGAAAGAUAUAAUGGACGUUAUUAACCCCGCACCUGCUGCCCUGACUCUGGAUCCGAGCACAGCGCAUCCCCAGCUGGUUCUCUCCGAGGACCGGGCCAGUGUCAAACUUAUGGAAAAAGCGCGGGCUGUCACGGAACCUGCGGAAAGUGUUGAUCGCGAGCUUAGUGUCCUGGGAUCCGUCGGAUUCACGUCAGGGCGACACUACUGGGAGGUGAACGUGGGAAACAAAACAGCGUGGGAUUUAGGCGUAGUUAAAGAUACCUUCCGAAAACGGGGGUCGAGGUCGGCACAAGAUGCAGGAUAUUGGAUUUUUGGGAUGAAAAAUGGCAGUGAGUACUGGGCUUCCACAGCCAAUCCCACACGUAUAUCCAUAAAUGCGAAGCCCAAGAAGGUCGGGGUGUACCUGGACUACGAAGGUGGACAGCUGUCUUUCUACAAUGCAGCCAACAUGGCCACCCUGUUUACUUUCACUGACUCAUUUUCUGGCAAAAUGUAUCCUUACUUCAGCCCUGGUUCUAACGAUGACAGGAAAAACUCGGAUCCUCUAACAAUCAAUCAAAUCAGAAACCUUUAA